GCGGGGCGGUAUUCCGGAGAUACACGAGGUUGGGAUCGGAUGGAGUCGGAAGGGAGCGGAUCGGACGAUGCGGCGCAAAUCAGCGACCUGUCCGAGGAGAGAUUGCUGACCGUCCUGAGGGGGCGGGACUCCGAGGGGCGGAUCUAUACGUAUAUCGGAGAUCUCCUGAUUGCGGUGAAUCCUCUGAGAGAUCUUCCCAUCUAUGGAGCCGAGGUAUCUGAUAGGUACAGCUCUCAGCCAAUCAGAUCUCUUCCUCCGCACAUAUUCGCUGUGGCCGAUCGUGCGUACCGCAAUCUACAAGCCAAUCCGAGCUCCUCUGGGAAUCAGACCAUUGUGAUCAGUGGUGACAGCGGAGCGGGAAAGACUGAGAGCACCAAACUCCUCCUCCGCCACCUGGUGAGACGGAGCCGCGGAAACAGCCAACUAUGCCAACAGAUUCUGCAGGUGAAUCCGCUGUUGGAGGCGUUUGGAAACGCACAGACUGUGAUGAACCAGAACAGCAGCCGGUUUGGAAAAUACAUCCAGUUACGGUUCAGCCAGGAAAACGUGAAGGGAGCGAAGAUUAACGAGUAUCUCCUGGAGAAAUCGCGGGUGACUCACCAGGACUCCGGGGAGCGCAACUUCCAUGUCUUCUACUACAUGCUGUUUGGUUGUCCAGAGAAGGAGCGGGAAGUGUACGGCCUUCUACAUUCCUCCAUGUACAGAUACAUCGGUCAGGAGGAGUCGUAUUCAGGGGACUGGGCGGAGCGCUACCACACACUGUGCAACGCCAUGCGCAUGGUCGGCUUCCAGACUCAGGAGGAGUUAGACCUGAAGACCCUCCUCUCUGGGGUCCUGUCUCUGGGGAACAUCCUGUUCGUUGCUCAGGACUCCGGGGGGGUCACGGUGGAUGGCGAGUCCUGCGGGUGGCUGAAAGCUGCUGCGGGCCAGUUUGGGGUGCAGGAAGAGGACCUCCAGGACUGUUUGGUCUGUACCAUCUCUGUGAUGCGGGGGGAGACGAUCCGGAGGUUACACACCCAGCAGCAGGCAGAGGAUGCCAGAGACUCCAUCGCCCGGGUCGUCUACUCCCGUAUGUUCGGCUGGAUUGUCACUAAAGUCAAUGAGCUCCUGGCUGGUGAUGUAAAACGCGGGGCCACAGUGCCAGAAAUAGGUAUUUUGGAUAUUUUUGGCUUUGAGAACUUUGCUGUGAAUCGCUUUGAGCAAUUGUGUAUAAACCUGGCCAAUGAGCAGCUGCAGAACUUCUUCAACCAUCACAUCUUCCUGAUGGAGCAGCAGCAUUAUCUGCAGGAAGGGAUCCAGCAAGAUGCCGUCACCUUUGUUAACAACCAGCCGAUCUUGGAUCUCUUUCUGGCCCGGCCAGCCGGCAUUCUCUCCAUUCUAGAUGAGCAGACGUCCUUCCCGCGGGCCACAGACGACAUGUUCCUGGAGAAGUUGUGCGUUGGAUGUAAAGCAAAUCCGCACUUCGAACGAGCGCGAGGAAGGGACCCCGGAUUCAUCAUCCACCACUAUGCUGGGAAGGUCCAGUACACGGCGGUCGGGUUUUUGGAGAAGAACAGAGACACCGUCCCCACCAACAUCCAGAACCUCUUCAUCUACAGCGUCACUGACCUACUUGGCCUUCUCUUUGCAGCGAGUAUCUCCAGGACAGGAACUCUGAUGCCACAGAAAGGAAAAGCUCUGAUCCUACAGGAAUCCUCAUCCUCUCGCAAAAUGUCAGUCGGAGCGCAAUUCCGGCGCUCUCUGGCUAUUCUGAUGGAGAAGAUGUAUUCCGCCUCUCCACACUUCAUCCGCUGCAUCAAACCCAACAAAGAGAAGCUGCCCGGAGUCUUCCAUCCCGAGGAGGUGCUGAGACAGCUCCGGUAUAACGGUCUUAUGGAGACGCUGAGGAUCCGGAGAGACGGCUUCUCAUGGAGACCGACAUUCCAGGAAUUUGUGGAGAGGUACGGAAUCUUCCUUCUCACCCCAAAGGUGGCGGUCAGUAAAGAGAGCUGUGUGAGUAUUCUACAGAAGGUGGCGCUCCGGGACUGGCAGUGCGGGUCUUCCCGCCUCUUCUUCAAAUAUUGGCACCAAGAUGAGCUCAACCAACAACAGCUGAGACUCCAGAAGGCCGCCACCAAGAUCCAGAAGUGUUUUAAGGGGCUCCGAUGCCAUCGGGUUUACCAGAAACUUUUAGAGGAACUGAAGAUUCAAGAGAAACAAAAAAGAGAAGAAGAGGAACGAGAGCGAGAGCAAGAACGAGAGCGUGCCAGACUGCGGGAACUGGAGGCCCAGAAAUCCGCCCUGCGCCCCGUUCCUAUUCCCCGGAAGAGGCUUCCUCCAGUACGGAUAAAGUCAGAAGAUUCCCCAAUGGAGACCCCGGUGCCUCGCCCUCGCAGCACUCUCAUCCAGCUCUCACCGUUUGAUAACGCCAUUCACCGCGUCCCGUCUGUGAAAUCGGAGGAGGGGGAGAAUCGCCAGAUUCAGCGACGGAAAACGAUUAUGUGGUUCAGAGAGACGCAGGCCACGAAAGUGCUGGAUGACGGAGAAUUCCCUCCGUGGCUGUACGGCAUGACAUCACGCAGGGAUACGGAGAAUUUACUGACGGAUAAAGAGGUCGGCAAUUUCCUGAUCCGCAUCAGCCAAUCCCGGGCCGGAUACAUCCUCAGCUACAGGGGGAUGGACCGCUGCCGCCAUUAUAUGAUCGAUGUGCGCUGCAAUGGCUGCUAUGUCAUCCUGGGUGAAGAUCGCGCUCACUCCUCGCUCUCCGCCCUCAUAGAGUAUCACCGCGUUGUCGGUCUCCAGCCCUAUGGGGAAACCCUGAGAGAACCUUGUGAAAGGACCGGGAACUGGGGUCCGGACUGUGAGGAGAUAAAAUUCCUGACCAGAACUCUGUCUCUCGGAGAUGAGAAUGUUCCCUCUGCAUCCAACCAAUCGGAGCACAAGAAACUGGAGGAGCCCGCCCACCCCCUCCCUCAAUUCCACAAAUCCAUCCGAAGAGCCAUGCAGGAAAUCCAGCAGGCAUCUACAGCACAGAAGACAUUGGAGGUGUAGCGGAGCCAAGCGUGCGCAUCGUCGUGAUUGGAUGUCACCAUCUCUGUGAAUCUCUUUCUGUCCUGUGUGGAGACUCCCCAUAUAUACAGAGUGACGCCUGUUCCAUGAGAAGUAUAUUGGGGGGGGGGGGGAUGGGAAGGACAGUGAUUGGUGGAAGUCCCAUGCUCUUCCCUUUCCAGGAUCGCUGCACAUUCCUGGCAGAUCCCGAAUCCUAAUGAAAGUUCUGGAAUGUUCUGUAUUGUCUCCACCCAGGAAGGGCUUUUCCUUCCUGGUCCCUCUCUCUGAUUUGCUAAGCGACUUCCACUUUCCCCUCCAUAGUGGCCAAUCAGUGAUGGGAAUUAAGUGGACUCCACCUGCCUUCUCCUCGUUCCUCCAGCAUUCCUUCUCAGACACACUUUCUGAUUGGUAAAUUGGGAGGGGUGGGUAGCCUCCUGGAUGGUUCAUAGUGGGUGGGGAGCCUCCUGUAUGAUCCACAGUCUGUGGGGGAGGGGAGGGGUCGGGAGCCCCCUGGAUGGGCCCUAGCCUGUGGGGGGAGGGGGGAUGGGGGUUUCUCUUAAAGAAGAAUAGUGGACAGACAUGUCUGGAAGAUCCACAGAUCGCAGUUCUCACUGAUUGGUUCUAUGACUGUACAGAAUUUAUUAUUUGUAUUUGUACAGAAAAUUUGAUUUUUUCGAGGUGCCAAUAAAAUAUUAUUAUGUUUGUGAAA